AUGUUUCCAAUCAGUUUCGAAGAAGAACCCACAAAGACGACCUCUUUCUCUUUCAAGACUUGUUCUUCAAUACCCAAGACCUACAAAUUUCAGGGUUUUCCUCCCUUAGACAUUGCUAAGGAGAUAUCCAAGAGCUUGGCGUCCAAUGCUUUGAUUUCAAAGGUUCAUGAAGUUCUGUGGGAUAUGACUAGGCCGCUCGUGGAGGAUUGCGAGCUCAAGUUGUUCAUUUUUGAUAGCGAUGAAAGUCGCGAUACCUUUUGGAAUUCCAGUGCUCAUAUUUCUCGCCUUUUAUCCUAUUCUGUGAGAUAUGUCUUUAGCUGGAUGAUAAAAAUGGUGUCCUCUUAUUCUGUUUGGCAGGCUUUGGAGGUCAAAUAUGGGUGCCAGUUGUGUAUUGAACCUUGCACAACAAGAGGCGAGGGUUUCUUUUAUGAUGCUUACUAUGGUGAUCUGGGCCUCAAUGAGGAACAUUUUAAAGGGAUUGAAGCACGAGCAGCGACUGCAGCUUCGGUACUCUUAUAUAUUGCACAACUGCUUUAUGAAUCUCAAAUGCCUGUUUAAGUUUAUUCUUUUUCUCCUACAGGUAG